ACUAUGCCCCGCUACCGCCAUGUGCCUCGACUGGCAGUAUCACUUGCUUUUGUGGUCUUUGUGGUCUUCAUGGUGGCAUGGCCUUCAUCUGCGCCGCGCGGAGGGUCAUCGGCACGCAUGCUCGCCGAGUUCCGGAGCCUUCCAUCGACAACGGGUGCAUCACGGGCGUCACCAUCAUCACCGCCGUGCUCGCCAUCAUCAUCGACAUCAUCCUUCAAGAGUGAUCACGAGUGUAGGAAGAGUGGCGCAUCACAGUCUGGUCGUCAACGGCAGGAGGGCCGUCGGCUAUUGGGCGAUGAGAAGGCCAUCCGUGCAGCAGCAGAGGCAUACAUGGAUGUGGUUCGGCCGGAGAUGUUCAACUCGUCUGGAAGAGCAGGCAUUCCGGAUGACGACGAUGACUGGCUGGAUGGCUAUGCUUCUCCUUGCUGGCUGGACGAUGGCGGUGGGCUGAGGUGCAUGCCGGCGUUCAUGAUCCUGGGUGUGUUCCAGGCUGGCGUCAAGGACGUCUAUCUCCGCAUGGGCAGGCAUCCGGCCAUCCAUGAUGCGUCAGGUCUGCACAUUCUGUUCUGGUGCGAGCCGCACAAGUGGGAAGACUAUGCGGGUACCAUGUCACGGGUUGCCGAGAAACACCUCCUCUCGGCACCGGACCAUCUGGUCGGCGAAGUCUCCCCCGCUACGUUUGAGUUUAUGUGGGCGCAGAGCACAGACUUGCUGCGACCGACGUUUGCAAAGGCGGCCAGGGAGUGCUGGACAGAGCUGGGCGCGGGAGGACAGGAGCGGACUGACGCCGGCCGCGACAGGUGCAUCCAAGAGUCGCGAGCGGCGGAGCUCGAGUUUGCUCGUGCGCAUGGCGUGCCAGCCGGACGCGAUGAGACGCUCUCGGCGUUCACCACGCCGUAUCUUGUACGGGCGGCUGUGGGAACGUCGACCAAGCUCAUUGUGGUGCUCCGCAACCCGGCGGAUCGCCUCUACGCCGCGUACAACAAGUACGGACAGUACGACGCCGAGUAUGGAUUUGGCCCCGACGGCUUUGAUGCUUACCUCGACGCACAGCUAACGCUGUUGGAGGAGUGUAUUGCCAAAUACUCGCGUUUCAAGUGCGCGCUCGAGUUUGAGGCCAUCGAGUAUCGGUAUCAAGCACUGUUCUACCACGCUGACCAGAUCAUCAAGUCGAUGUACGGUGAGUUUCUGCCCGAGUGGCUCGCAGCGUUCCCCGAGCCCAGCGCGCUGCUCGUCGUCACCCACGAGGAGUACGUGGCGGGACCCAAGCGUGUCCUCGCCCGCGUUUUUGAUCACGUCGGCGUUGACUCGACGCUGACUACUGCCGCUUGGGACGACAUUCUUGAAGGUGGGCCGGCGACGCUCAACGGACAGCCGUCACGCGAGCGCCAGCCAAUGCAUGCCGCGACCCGCGCGCGGCUGGACGCGUUCUUUGCACCAGACGUGGCGGCGAUUGCCGACUAUGUGGGUGACGACUCGCUGUGGCGUGAGUAGCACAUCGAUGGCUGUGAGUGGACACGGUUAUGUUCUGUGUUGUUCACUUGCUCGACCGACCGUGUGGUGCGGUUUCAGCGGCUAUGACGACGAGUCGUACGACGAGCUCGAGUCCUCGUCGUCGUCAGACGAGUCAGAGGUCUCUGCAGCCGGUGCCUUGGGCGGCGGGACUGAGGGGACGGACGGCUUGUCGGCCUUGGCCUCGGUCUUGCUGCCGCCUCUGGUCUCGACAAGGACGACUUCCUCGGUGGACGACGAGCUGGAGUAGUCGUCGUCGUCGGAGAGCGAGACGUCAGAUGACGAGUCGAUGCCGCGGGCGUCGUCGAGGUGGGCGUCGUCGGCGUCGCCGGGGAGACCGUCAGAGCCGGGGGCAAUGUACUGGGCAAGCGACUCGCGGGUCUCCUUGUAGCCCUGCUCGAGAUCCUGGUGGUAGGCGUACUGGUCGUCCUUGAUGAGCUCGCGGUUGAGGGCGAUGGCCUCACCGCAGGCAGUGAUAAAGGCAGCAAAGGCG